GUCAGUCAUCAGUCUCCAUGUCUGACUCGGAGAUAAUUUUCUGUUGCUGUCUCUUGCCUUCAAUCUUAGCUCUAUUCUUGUUCUUCAUUCUCAUAAGAAGGAAACAAAAGAGGAUGUUUAAUCUCCCACCAGGCGACAUGGGCUGGCCUUUUCUCGGCGAAACAAUCGGUUACUUGAAGCCUUACUCUGCUACCACCAUAGGCCAAUUCAUGGAACAACACAUAUCAAGGUAUGGGAAAAUAUACAAGUCGAAUUUGUUUGGAGAGCCGACAAUAGUGUCGGCAGAUGCAGGGCUGAACAGAUUCAUACUCCAAAACGAGGGAAGAUUGUUUGAAUGCAGUUAUCCGAGAAGCAUAGGAGGAAUUCUUGGGAAAUGGUCAAUGUUGGUUUUGGUUGGCGACAUGCAUAGAGAUAUGAGGAUCAUAUCUCUCAACUUCUUGAGUCACGCCAGGCUCAGGACUCAUCUUUUGAGAGAGGUUGAGAGACACACUUUGCUUGUUCUCAAAACUUGGCAACACAAUUCCAUCUUCUCAGCCCAAGAUGAAGCUAAGAAGUUCACAUUCAAUUUGAUGGCCACGCAUAUAAUGAGCUUGGAUCCUGGAGUGGCUGAGACUGAGCAGCUGAAGAAAGAGUACAUCACUUUCAUGAAAGGAGUGGUGUCUCCACCUUUGAAUUUGCCUGGAACACCUUAUAGAAAAGCAUUACAGUCUAGAUCAACAAUUCUUAAGUUCAUAAAGCGAAAAAUGGACGAAAGAACUUUGAGAAUGAAUGAAUCAGGGAAUAAUAUUGGAAAUCCGGAGGAUGAUGAUGACCUUCUUGGAUGGGUUUUGAAGCACUCAAAUCUCUCAACUGAGCAAAUCCUUGACUUGAUAUUGAGUCUUUUGUUUGCUGGGCAUGAGACUUCUUCAGUUGCCAUAGCUUUGGCAAUAUACUUUUUGCCUGGUUGUCCUAAUGCUAUUCAACAGUUGAUGGAAGAGCAUAGUGAAAUUGCAAGAGCAAAGAAGCAAGCAGGAGAGACAGAGUUGAAUUGGGAAGACUACAAGAAGAUGGAGUUCACACAAUGUGUUAUAAGCGAGACACUUCGGCUUGGUAAUGUAGUGAGAUUUCUGCACAGAAAGGCACUAAAAGAUGUCAAGUACAAAGGAUAUGACAUUCCAUGUGGUUGGAAAGUGCUACCGGUUAUUGCAGCCGUGCAUUUGGAUCCUAUGCUUUUUGACCACCCUCAACAUUUCAAUCCGUGGAGAUGGCAGGUCAGUCAUAGCUUUCCACA